AUGUUGCACGCGAUCGUCGCGGCUCGUUGUGUCCUGAUGCUGCUGCUUGGUCUGACGGCAAUGUGCUCAGCGACCCCGUAUGCUGACAUCUACCAGCAGGAGGACGAGUGCCACCUAAACCGCAUUACAGCCCUCAAGAAAUUGAUCAGCCCGUCGGCACUGAGGGAUCUGUGCAUAAACUGCAACUGGCAGCUUGAACUCAAGGAACUACAGACCGAUGACCACACAGACGUGGUGAUCAACGCUAUGAUUACCUGUCUGAAUGCGUUCUACAAGAUUUAUCAGCCGGAGUCAUCCAUCGACGAGUACUGGAAAAGUGGAAUCACCAAGAAAGGGCGACCAAUGAUCAGACUCGGAUGA